AUGGACGUCGACGAGUUUCUUCAUUCGGGACUGGCGCUGAAGCUCGAUAAGCCCGUUGGAGAUGGGCCUCUCUGUAUCGUGGAUUCUUCUUUCAAUCCCCCCAAUUUUGCACAUAUCAAGCUUGCCCAGCUAGGUCUUGAACAGGUCCCAAAUUCUACCGUGGUGUUUUUGCUUGCCACGGGAAAUGCAGACAAGCCGGCAGCUUCUACUACCCAAUUGACCCACCGUGCAGAGUUAAUGAGAAGGGCUGCUCUAUAUGUUGACCCCACAGGCUCAAGGGUGCGUGUUGGUCUCACAACCGCUCCGUUUUUCAUCGACAAGGCACUAGCGUUUCACAAUGAAUUCAAUGCCAAUAGGCUGCUAUUUAUUGUUGGCUACGACACCUUGGUAAGGUUUGUGGAUCAGAAAUACUACAAGGAACCAGUUUCGCAAGUGUUGGAUCGGUUUUUCGACAUAUCAGAAAUGAUAGUGCUUACCCGCUACGACGAGUCCGUCAAGGACAAGAUCAAGAUUCACCCCAAAGCGCAAACCGAAACUGCAGACAAGCUAGUUGGAAAGCACCACAGUAAAGUCCACUUUGUGCUCUCGCAAGAUGAUACAGCAGAAGUUAGUUCAAGCCGGGCUCGCACCUCACUACAAGAUCUUGAAGCAUGUUGCCCACCCUCUGUUGUCGAAUACGUGCAAGAGAAUAACUUGUACAGUUAA